GCCUAGAGACCCCAGACGGUCCCUAGUUCCAUUUAAAACGCGAACGCGUCCGGCUCCGCUCCGGUCCGCGCGCGCCCCCCUUCCCCCGGACUUCUCUCCGUUUCAACAGUCAACAGUCCCGUUCCUGGUGAAAGGGAGUGGGAUUCUUUCCGUCCGUGGUGCAGCUGGUGGGAAAGUCAAUAGCGUAAGUUACAUGCUGCGAAUACCAGCGCGGCUCGGGGAAGCGAAGCGGAUAAGAGUGCGCGCUUGACAAAAAGUGCGUGACUCAGAGCCGGAGUGCGCGCCUUCCUCGGCCAACGGGGCCUCUCCUUCGCGCGUUGCGCUGAACGACGCCGCCGUCCGCGGGCCAGUCUUGGAGCAUUGGAAACUUUUGCCCGCUAUUGACAGAUCAGGUUUUACUUACAAGGGAGAAACGCGCGACUCGUGCGAAAACUACAGCAUUCUCUUUCGGACCUAAUGAUGAAGUGACAAUAAUAUUCAAAUGGCACUGUAGUUUGGGAUAUGCUACCGUCAAGAUGCAUUGUUCCGGACGAACGUGAAGAUUACAGCUGACCCAUUUGCUACAUCUUGCCCAAUAAUAUGGUGAUGGCAGGAAACGAAAAUGUGCCAGGAACCUUGGCAGAUGACCCGUCGUUAUCUAUGAAACUGCAAUGGCUGCGCCAACGCAGGGAAGCCUUGCAAGAGAAGCUUGCCCAAAAGAACAACGAACUGAAAACCCUGUGCGUCGAGGAGGCGGAACUAACGGGAGUUUUGCCACCGGAAAUACCUUUGGAGCCUGGCGAGAGUCCGCCAGCUUUUCGUAGAAAAGCAGGCACUUCCUUUUCGUAUUCGCAAAAAUUGAUCAACAAACUGAAGACUGCCGACGUUGAGGAGUCGGAGUUGGAGUUGGAGAGGCAAGUGCAGCUCGGGAUCGUGGAAACUGCAUUGAGUGUUAUUAACGACCCUACGGAAAGUAAGGCCACGCGACGCAAGCACAGGCUCGCUUACCAGCAGAGUCAGCGAAGGUUACAAGAGCUGGAGACAGAGCUGAACUUUAUUAGGCAGACUCGUGGUAAAACGCAGCGGCCAGCGCAGUUGCCAGUGCACGCAAGCAAUUACAACACUCAGCCGCAUUCACAUAUUAAUGUAAAACACAGGACAAAGAAGCCACGACCACCGUUAGAUAGUACAGGAAGUGAAGUAACGACUCCAAAGUCCAUUGGAAGGAGUAUACUUCACGAACCUGGUAUUAGUUUGAGUCCCCUGGCACCUGAAGACAAAUCAAACACUUAUUCCGGGCAUGGAUACGAGGAGCAGUUGAUACCGAGCGUUUGCAAUCAUCAUCACCACAGCGGCAGUUAUCCCGGCGUGAGCCCUGUUGAACAGCCGAAUCAUCACAUUAAGAUCGUGGAGCACGAUCAGAACGACAAUCACAACAUCUAUAUUUUACCGGAGCAUUAUCGCGCGCGUACAUAUUCUCACGGGAGUGGCGGAUCUCGCGGCCAUUAUCAGGACGAGAGAACGUAUCGACCUUACGUGCCGAACACCUACACCGAGGACGAGCGUCAAAUACGCUACCGUCAGUUCCAGCAUCUGCAGAAGCAACAGCAUUUGCAGGAUCAGAUGCAGCAGGCCCAUAGACUGCCGUACACAGGCUCCUUCGAGUCCUACAAGCAUCUUGACAAUGCGGAUAUUGUGCGGAGAAGCCAGGGUAGCUACGACAGAGAUUUCCGCUCGUCUCAUUAUCUCGAUUAUUCGUCCUACUAUAAGAACAGCGCGCAAUCUCAGCAGAUUUUAUCGAGACGAGAUCGUGACUCGUCAUUACCAUCCAGUAUCAAGAACAUCUCGCGGCACAGCGGCGGCAGUACGUCGAUCGAGGCGCAAUUGCCAGCCGGCUACUGGGUGCGCCACAACGACGACAUCCACUGGGUGAGCAUGGACGAGCCUGACAGAUUUGGCAGUUUGGAUCGCAGACGCCGAAAUGCUCAGCACAACGGUGGUGUCGGUGGUGCGAAUCUGGAUGCGCAAUCGCGUUAUCGCACGGUCGCAGUCGCGGGUACUAAAAGCUCGUCGAGCAACAACGUGACUGCGUCAUCCCAUCAGCAUCACUCCGUCCACCUGCUGCCGUUGUCCGAACAACAAACGCCGGCGAACAACAAUAAGAUGCUGCUGCGCACACAGUCGCUGGGAAGCGUGGAGACCUGGCAGUCGAGUCACUCGCACGAUUCGCACGACGGCAAGGACGCGUCUGCGGCGGAGUACGCCAACAACAAUCGUAAGAGUCGUCAGAAGGAGUGGUACGAGACGUCGUUGGAUGCGGGAGCGAGUGCGGGCUUGGAUCACAACCUAGUCGUCGCGCGAAAGAGCGCGCAUUAUCAUUCGAGUCCUCCGCCCGCUCGUGUAAAGACCGUCGCUAACGAGAACGCGAGAGACAAACAGACGACCGGCGGCGCGCCGCCACCGUUGAGUCCGGUGAACCGUCACAAGAGAGACAAGCCCGAAGAGCGGCAGCACACGGUGCAGCCGUCUCACCCUCGUUACGAUCAGCCCGCAACGAGGCCGAAGGUGUUGGAGAUACCGGCCGAAUCAAAACCGUCCCCGGAUGUCUGCGAUAACGCGGUACAGCCGUUGGGCUCGCCGCAAAACUGCACGGUCGUGCAACCGGGAAAGUAUCAGCCGUACAGGGAAGUGACGAAGCCUUUUGAGAUGUCGGACUUUUACAAGUACUCGACGAAAUUCCGCAAGAGGAACGAGGUCGCCGCGCAGUCUCAGGUCGGAAGCGCAGAUUCGCCGCUUCAGGAGAAUCACCCCGCGGAAACGGGCACCGUCGAUCUGCCCAGGGAUCCCAAUUCCUAUACUUUCGGACAGAAUAAUAAUAUUACUGCCAGUCCGGUACAAAGAAAGCUUUACCAGCCGGUACAGCGCAUGACUUGUCAGCCGUACCUCUCAUCGUUCAGAUAAUUACAAUUUGCGCGCGCGUAUAACGUAAGGUUUAUUCAUGCUGUCACGUUGUCACACAAAUUUAUACGGAAUCGUUCAUUUCAAGAUAGGCUGGUCCUGUCGAUAAAUAUUUUCUUUGCUCUUUAGUCAAUUCGACUCGCAAAUUGCAAGAUAUAAACAGGGUAUCCUGCAUUUAUGUUUCUUCCGUUAUGGCGCAUUCUUUGACUCCAAACUGGUCAAGGAAUGUAACAUUGAACGUUAAUACGAUACGGUAACGAGGUAUACAUAUUAAUAUAUGGAUAUCUAAUAACACCAUUUCGUUCACAUAUCUUUCGUCUCUUUCCUAAGAAUCGAUAACUUACUAAUAUCAAUCUUGACAUAUCCAUCAAAUUGUAAUAUAUAGGCAUUUUUAUUUGGAGAAAUUUUAUUGUCUGCCUCGCGUAUGUAUGAGAUGUACGAGAUGUACUCCAAAAAUGAAGAAAAACACAAGGAACUGAAGGGAUGCAAGGAUGCAAUCCUAAUCCCGACGUCGAUUAAUAUUGGGACCUGAAUAGUGCCUUUUAAUGAUAGAAGUAUUAAGUGGACGAUAAUGCAACAUCAUAGUACUUGAAAUUACAUUUUAACAUGAAUCAAUAACUUUACUGAAAAUUAUUCUCCACUUGUUGACUUCUAAUACAAUUACGUAUUUAUAAUUACAUUCAGUGAUGGAUUAUACAUACAUAUAUAUAUAUUUAUAUAUAUAUCUUUUUCUAUAAGCGACACAAACGGUAGCUUUUCGGAGACAUUGUCAGAUUGAUAGGAUAUUAAUGUUGCUUGUUAAACGCAGCUUUUGCUCGGUUAUUGUAUUAUCAAAUGAUUUUGAAAGUUUGGAGUUCUGUUAUACGCAGACACUCUAUUUUUAGAGCUUCGUAGACUACCAAGAGUCUAUCUCUUACGACUGAAUAUAAAAUGUGAAAAUACGCAUUUCUAUAUACUAUAGUUUGAAAUAAUAUUCAACGCUUCUAUAUAAGAAAUGAUGAAAGUGUGUGUUCUUAACACAAUAACACUGACAUAUACAUAGAUAUUUUUAUAUAUAAAUUGUUCAUAUAUGCGCGUAUAUUAUAUUUAUAUACCACUCGGCGUAUAAUAUUGAAAGACAAACUCAUUGGAGAUUUUAGUUGUUUACCACAAUGUGUUCGCCGGGAAGCCUAAUGUUAAAUCUGUAUCUUGAUUUAUGAGAUUCACGCAUUAGUCGCUAGCGCUUGUCCUCUCGUAUGUAUCACGAUUUAUAUCAGAAUACCUUUCCUGUAAAAAUGAUAUAUACUGCUACUGUAUAGUGUGUUACCUGAAAUGACUUGGACUUGUUUGAUUCACACGUUGGAAACGCUUCGGCAUCACAGACGUAGACGAAAUAGCCUUAUGUUAGCUGUGAUUAAUUAUGCGUUGCGCAUUGUAUGCUAUGUUAAGAAAUCUUUUUGUACUGCUUUAUACGAUCGGUCUCUUGUCAAUAAAGAUGCUAAUUUAAUUAUAA